AUGAUGGUUAAUACGGAGGUUAGUGACGCGGUUGAUUAUCUAAGGCAACGCUUUAGUAUAUCUGGGAAUGAUCUGAAACAAGUAGAAGAUGUGAAAUCGUUGAAUGAGAUGUUCCAGAUGAUCCGAGCCAGUCUCAAUGACGCUGAGGAGAUGGAGAUAACCUCCGAAGCUGCUAGGCUUUGUCUUAGAAAACUGAAGAAAAGCUUCUAUGAUGCGGAGGAUGUGCUGGAUGAGUUUCUACAUCACGUGCUGCGUCUAAAAUCAGAGGCCGCGACCUUUCCAGCAGAUGGAAACGUGGAACGUGACCCUACCUCUUCAACUAGUCCGCAUGGGAAUCUGGUCUUUAUGGAUGAUCUUGUCCAAACAAUAAGGGAUUCAAAGGUUAGACUCGAUAAGGAGAAGAUAGAUUGGGAUGCCCAUGCCAAAAGACUUAAUCCAAGCUAUCAACUGGUGGAAAAAGUCCGUCCUCCAAGCACAUCGUUAAUGGGGUCAAGUCGCAUUAUUGGCAGAGGUGACGCCUUGGAGAACAUCAAGGGCUUGUUAUUCUCAGAGUUUCAUGGAGAUGGAAAUAUUCCCGUAAUCGCUAUCGUGGGUAUGGGUGGCCUUGGGAAGACUACACUCGCUCAGUGUGUGUACAAUGACCCUCAAGUGCAGGAACGUUUCGAUCAGAAGAUUUGGGUCUGCGUCUCUGAAGAUUUUGAUGUGCUGAGGUUGACGAGGGCAAUCCUCGAGUCUUUGGAGCAGGAAAAGUUUCAUCCGACAGAAAUGGAUCCAGUUCAGAGAUGGCUGAGGAGCAUUGUUGAGGGAAAAAGGCUUCUGCUUGUGUUCGAUGAUAUCUGGGAACACCGAAAUCUUAAUGCAAAUGCUUGGGAGGAUCUAUGUAGACCCUUGCUUCGUGUCUCAAAUGGAAGCAAAAUCAUAGUGACUACAAGGAGUAAAAAUGUUUUGGAUCGAGUACUAAUUCCGGCUAGUAUCUAUCGACUACCUUAUUUAACAAAUAAUGAUUGCUUUAUGCUGUUUAUUCGGCAUGCCUUUCAGGGUUGGACCUCUGAUAUAGACCCCACCCUUCUGGAUAUCGCGAAGAAAAUAUCAAAUAGAUGCAGAGGUCUACCACUAGCUGCAAAGAUUCUAGGAAGUUUACUGCGUGGUCAAGAUGAUAAAAAGGAGUGGACUAAUAUACUGAACAAUACUGGUAUUUGGGAUAGUGAUGACCAAAAUCCCAUAAUGCCCAUACUUCGGUUGAGCUACCAGUAUUUGCCUACCACGCUCAAAAAAUGUUUUAGGUAUUGUUCUGUGUUCCCGAAAGAUUAUGAGUUUUACAAGCACCAACUCAUCAAUAUGUGGAUGGCUCACGGUUAUCUUACUCAAGCUGGACAAAGAAAAGGACAACUAGAAGACAUCGGUGAGGAGUAUAUAAAUGAGCUGGUAUCAAUGUCUUUUUUUGAACAGUCUCAAAAUCAUGAAACAUUCCAGAUGCAUGACUUGAUCCAUGAUCUAGCGAGAGAUGUUUCACAGGGUGAAUGGUGGAGUGUGGAGGAUGGUGUGUUCUACGGCAGUCAUGAUGAUAGUGUUCAGCACUGCUCAGUCAUUUCCACUAAAUAUUAUUCCCAGAAGGAUGUUCAGUCGUCAGCACAAAGUCGAUCUCUAUUAUUUUUCAAGAGCAGUCUGAAAUACCCUUAUACGAAAGAGUUAUGGAGUGAAGUGAAGCAGCUGAGAGUUCUUCAUAUGAGUUACACUGGAAUAUCCAUCCGGCCAAAUUGUUUUAGUUCUUUGAAGCACCUACGUUAUCUCAAUCUUCAAGGUAACCAAAUCUCUAAGCUGCCUGAAAGCUUGGGGAGCCUUUAUCUCUUGGAAACACUAAACUUGAAUAGGACUAACAUCGGGGUUUUGCCUGAUUGGAUUUGCUUAUUGAAACACCUUCGUUAUCUUGGUCUUCGUGGUACCUACAUUAACUAUUUGCCUGAAUCACUGGGGAUGCUCGACCAGCUUCACACACUGGACAUAGAAUCCGUUCGCAUUGAUUAUCUCCCGGAUAGUAUAUCGAAUCUCUCAAGUCUGAGGCGCCUGAUCUGCAAAGAUGAUGUUGUAUUUCCUUCAGAGAUCAGAAAAUUGACUGAUAUUCAAAUGAUGGAUCAUUUUGAUGAUGACCGACAUCUUACAGUCAAAGAGAUUACAGACUUGAUUAAUGUGGAUGAGGCAAAGAAGGUAUCUUCGCAUAGCAAGGAGCACCUCAAGGUCUUAUCUCUGGUCUGGAAUGACAACCGAUCUCUUAUGGCCCAUCAUAUGCAUGGGAAGGUAUUAGAAAGCCUUGGGCGGCAUCCCAACCUCAGACAACUGUACAUGUAUGGAUUUGGGGGAAAUUCUCUUUCAUCUUGGCUGAAAGAUCCUAGUUACCUUCCUUGCCUCAACCGCAUUGAUCUAAUUAGAUGUGAACAGUUGACAUCACUCCCACCUCUUGAAAACUUUCCACGUCUGAGGCAUGUACACAUUGAGUCAGCCAAGAGACUACAAGAUAUGGGCGUGUCAAAUAGAAAUCAGUGGCACGGUUUCCAUGCUGUCCGAGUUCUAAAGAUUAUCAGAUGUCCCGAGCUCCAACUUUCACGCCUUGGAGAUCUCCGAAAUCUCCAGCAUCUGUCUAUAAUAGGAUCCAAUCAAGAUAUUCCCAUUAACUUUUCGUCUGGUGGUUUUGGACAAUUGGAGACUCUAGAACUAAAACAUUUGCCCAAUUGGAGGUCAUGGGCUGGUCCUCAAGAGGACGAGUGCUCGAGUCUUCAAAAACUCUCUGUUGUUGGUUGUAACUCUCUAGAGAACUUCUCAAUAACCUGGCUUUCCAAUCUUCAAGACAUAUACGUGGAGAACUGUUUGACAUUAAAGAUCUUCAAGAAGGAUAGCAUGAUAUUACCUGAUAUGGAGAAAUACAGUGUGAGCAACAUAUGGCAGAUAAAAGUAGUUUCCCACAUGUAUGACAUGGUGGAUGAUAUGAAAAAUAGGGAGAGACUCUACUACUCCCCUGCCAUUCUUUUAUGGAGUUUAAGCACUAUAGAACAUUUAGUCAUCUCUGAGUGCACUAAUCUUGCAUCCAUAUCUUCGGAAGAACUACCAUCAAAACUGAAAUUCAUUCAGGUAGAUGGUUGCAAGAAUAUGAGGUAUCUUCAGCUGGGCAACCAACAUGCCUUGGAGUAUUUAAGCAUUAAGAAUUGCCAUCGACUCUCACACGUGAAAUGCAUAUCAUCAAUAUUGAGAUUUCUUUUGAUCCAGUCCUCUCAGAAAUCUGUCUUUUGUCAUGUUGGUAACCUUACUAAGGUGGAAUACUUGAGUAUCAGGAAGUGUGUAUUGGAGCUAUUAGAUGUGCAACAGCUCCCAUCGGCAUCAAAAGUGAUGAAAAUUGACCAGUCAAUAUUAGACGUGCUAGUGAUUAUUGACUAUCCUGACUGGACUUCCCUUCCACCUUCCUUAUUAGAAAGUAUCAAGGAAUUGAGGAUUAUUAGAUGCUCUGGUUCUACUGCACCUGAAGAUGUGAAAUGGCUAUCAUCCACACUGAAAAAGCUUGAGGUUAUCGAAUGUCCUGACCUGACUUACUUUCCUCUUGACUUACUUGAAAACAUAGAGGAAUUGACGGUUAUAAGAUGUUCUACGCAUGCUGGAUUCAUAGAUGUAAAAAGGGUGUUGCCAACACUGAAAAAGCUUGAUAUUGUCGAAUGUUCUAACUUGACAUACUUUUCAUUUUGCUCACUUGAGAGCUUGGAGGAAUUGAGGAUUACUAGAUGCUCUUUUCGUGAUGCAUUCAUAGAGGUGACAAGGCUGCCUUCAAAACUGAAAAGAUUUGACAUUGUCGAAUGUUCUGACCUGGCUUACUUUCAACUUGACUUACUUGAAAGCUUGGAGGAACUGAAGAUUUGUAGGUGCUCUUUACAUGCUGAAUUUUUAAAUGUGAAAAGGGUGUCAUCGACACUGAAAAUCCUUGAGAUUGUCGAAUGUUAUAACUUUGGUUACCUUCAACUUCAAUUCUUUGAAAGCUUGAAGGAAUUGAAGAUUAUUAAAUGCUCUGAUCUUGCUGGACUCAUAGAUGUGAGAACAAAGUUGUCAACCCUGAGAAAGAUUGAGAUUGUCGAAUUUUAUAACCUUGGUCAUUUUCAACUUCACUUGUUUGAAAGUUUGGAGGAAUUGAGGCUUAUUAGAUGCUCUUUCUGUGCUACAUUCUUAGAUGUGAAAAGGGUGCCAUCAACACUAAAAAAGCUUGAGAUUGACAAAUGUUUUGACCUGACUUACUUUCCAGUUUGCUUGCUUGAAAGCUUAGAGGAAUUGAAGAUUAUUAGAUGCUCUGGGCUUGAUGCAUUCAAAGAUGUGAAAAGGGUGUCAUCCACUCUGAAAAAGCUUGAGAUUGACGAAUGUUUUGACAUGAAUUUUUUUUCACUUCACUUGCUUGAAAGCUUGAAGGAAUUGAAAAUUAUUAGAUGCUUUGCUCUUGAUGAAUUCAUAGAUGGGAUAACAAUGCCAUCAAUAUUGGAAAACCUUGAGAUUGUCGAAUGUAAUAACCUUGGUUUCCUUAAACUUGAAUUGGUUGGAAGCUUGAAGGAAUUGAGGAUUAUUAGAUGUCAUAACUUUCUUGGAUUUAAAGGCAUGAAAAGGGUUCCACCAACACUACAAAAACUUGAGAUUGUUGAAUGUUAUAACUUGACUUUCUUUCCACUUUGCUUACUUGAAAGCUUGGAGGAAUUAAAGAUUUUUAAAUGCCCUACACUAGCUGGACUCAGACAUAUGGAAACAGAGCUAUCAACACUGAAAAAGCUUGAGAUUGUGGAGUUUAAUGUCUUGACCUCUUUUCCACAUAACUCACUUGAAAACUCGAAGAAAAUCAAGAUUAUUGGAGCCUUUGAACCUGCUGUAUUAGAAGAUGUUAGAAGGUUGUCAUCAACAUUGAAAAGGCUUGUGGUUGUCAAAUGUUCUAACUUGACUAGUCUUUCACUUGACUUGCUCAAAAACUUGGAAGCAUUCAGAAUUAUUAGAUGCUCUGAUUUUGUUGGAUUCAUAGAUAUUAAAAGGAUGCCAUCAACAUUGAAAAAGCUUGAGAUUAUCGAAUGCUAUAACUUGAAUUACUUCGAACUUCACUUGCUCGAAGGCUUAGAAGAAUUGAGAAUCAUUAGAUGCUCUGAGCCUGCUGCAUCCAUUGAUGUGAGAAGGCUGCCAUCAACACUGAAGAAACUUGACAUUGUCGAAUGUUCUAACCUGUCUUACUUUCGACUUGACUUGCUUGAAAGCUUGGAGGAAUUGAGGAUUACUCGUUGCUCUGUGCCUGCUAUAUUUAUACAUGUCAAAUGGCUGCCACCAACACUAAGAACGCUUCAAAUUGAUACAUUUUGGGUUAUCUCUUUCCGUAUACCAUGUGAAUCAGAUGUCUCAAAAAAAUUAAGAAAUAGGUACGACGUGAAACUUUACCUUCCACUAGAGAGGUUCAAAGUUCUGCAACAGUUGAUACUUCAACACAGCCCACAACUUUGCAUCUCAGAGGAUAAAAAUCUGCCAUCAACACUACAAGAACUUUCCAUCAUUGGGUGUCCAAAAUUGGAAGAAUGGUGCAAAAGACACCGUCAAAGAUUAGUGAACAUCCGGAUGUUGGAAAUAGGAGAGGUACGCUUUAGAGCGCCGACGGAGGACGAGGACGAGGAUGAGGACGACGACGUGGAUUAA